AUGAUAUGUUCCAGAUGUUCAUCUUUGCCUUCAUGUUCUUCGAGGUUUGAACUAUUCUUUCCAUGAUCAUCUACUAUUGAGUUUCAGAUUUUUCUCCGCACAACCAAAUAAGUUAGGGCCAGUUUCUCGAAUAUCGCAUUCACUUCUGCGGGUUUCUGGAUUAGCCGCGAAAACGACGAUAAGAAAUGUCUCCUUUUAUUUACCUCGUUUCUCACUAUUAUUUUGUUCAGGUAUCUGUUAUCGAAACAAAAAGGGCUUCUGUGAAGCUGAAAAACGCCACAUUUCGAGAUCUACGCGAUAUAUUCUCGCUCGCCGGCCCUUAUAAAUGGAGAAUAAUGCGUUAGUUUUUCAUUUCAAGAAACAAAGUUCAUUCGGUUUUCAGUUGGAUUGUCGUUUUUGGGCAUAUCAAGUUCAAUCUUUCUGUUCACUCCGCGCGUUUUGGGAAAAUUGAUAGACGAAUGGGAUGAUACAAAAAAGGACAAAGAGACGAAAGAUGAUAAAGCUCUGCUGCUCGCAAAGUUUUAGGGUUCUGUUUCUCUCUUAAAAAUUGUGUGUUUAGGUUUUUCAAAGAAAAUCCCGCCGCUUUGGUGGGUAUUUUAUUUAUCGGUGGAGCUGCGAUUGCAGCGAGAGUAUACUGCAUGCAUACGGCCGGUGAGGUUGAUUUUCGAAAGCUUUAAAUAUAAUAAUUUAAGGUCAACUUGUAAUCAACGAUUUGAGGAAAACCGUUUUCAAUUCGGUUUUGCGGCAGGACAUGACGUUCUUUGAUAAAAAUAAGGUUCGUUUCCUAACUUUCAAGAGUCUCUGUGUUGAAAUAAGUAGGUGUUUUCCAGAAUAAAUAUGAAAAUUGAAGGUCGGGGAGAUAGUUUCGCGCCUCUCGACGGACGCUCUCAUCGUCGGUUAUUCGGUUUCGAUGAACCUGAGCGACGGCGCCAGGGCUCUUCUCACCUGUCUCGGCUCCGGAGGACUCAUGGUUUGCCUGAAAUAAUGUUGGGGUGUUCAUCGGACAAACUUACUCCAAAACAAUAAUUAGUGUCGUUUCGGAGCAACUUAAGGGAGCUGAGGAGCACUUUCUUACGUUUUGAAACAUGUUCCGUGUCUCUGAUGAAUACGCCAGAAAUAUUAGAAGUUCAUAUCGUGAUUAUAAGGAGAUAUUCGAAUUUUAUUCUGAAAAUUCACAGGUUUAUACCUCGCCAGCCUUGUGCAAAGUCAUGUUCAUCGUGAUUCCCAUCAUUGUCGGAACUUUUGCCGUUUUCGGAAAGCUCCAGCGGAAAUACACGCUUCAAAUGCAAGAGGCCGUUGCCGGAGCGAACCAGGUUUGAAAAAUUCAUACAACUGAAGUUGAGAAAAACCGAAUUGAAGGUGGCUACGGAACGACUUUCGAACGUGAGGACGGUCAGGAUGCUGGUGGCCGAGAAAAAGGAAUUGGCCGCGUAUUCCGACAAAAUCCACGAGAUUUGGAACAUUUCCAAACGCGAAGGCCUCGCCAAGGGAUGCAUGUUUGGAUCUGUAAGUCGCCUUUUUUUUUUCAAAAAUACACGUUCUCCAAAUUCAAUUUUGAAAGUAUAGAAUAUUAUGUGAAGUUCCAAAAAGGUUAUUUGGAAAGGUGAAAAAAGUUUUUCAUAAUUAGAAAUUUAAAAAGUAGAAAAGUAACUCUUACAAUCGUUUUUGCAAAGGAAAAACAAAAGCUUGAAGGAAAGAAUGAAGUGGGAAGAUGGUGUCAAGGAUUUGUGUUCAUUUUUGUAUUUAAAUAAUUUGUUUGAGCAUCUGGAAACAUAUAUUUUAUGCAAAAAUAAAUUUUUACCAUUAUUCCUACAUCAAGUAGAGUUAGUUUUUAAUAUUUUAUUCAAUUUUGAAUUUUGAAUUCAGUUCUAAUUUCAAAAAAAGGGUUGCACUUUGAUUCAAAAUGCUUUUAUGCCAACCCUUCCUUCCGAUUCCGAUGAGAAACCAACAAAAAUUUUGUCUUCAGUUCCAAUUCACCGGCUAUAUUGCCCUUUCGACGAUUUUAUUCUACGGCAGUAAUCUCAUCAGUCAAGGCCUUCUCACUUAUGGUUAAUUUGAGAAUUUUCCCCCUAAAUGAAAUGAAAUCUAGGCGAACUCUCGUCGUUUUGUUUGUACGCAGUUCUGAGUGCCGCGAGUUUGUCCAACAUUUCUGGAUUUUACCUGGAAUUGAUGAAGGUAUCCGUUUUGGUUAAAAAAAAACAUAAAAAAUUUAUUUUAGGGCCUCGGAGCAAGCGCUCGAUUAUUUGAACUUAGAAAUAAAACCCCAAUCAUUCCACUCGAGGGAGGAAUCGAAAAGGGAGACGUUCAGGAGGCCAUCAAGUUUGUUAAAUUUUUUUAAAUCUCUUGAAAUUGCGAUUUUGGGUUCGAAAAACGUCGCCUUUGGUUAUACGGAUCGGGAUCAACUCUUUCACAAUGUUUCUUUCGAGGUUUUUUUUUGCUUUUAAAAACUGAAAAACCGCUUGAUGUGAAUAUUAUAUUAACUGGUAAGUUGAGUGACCUUUAUAGUGAUGUCUUGAAACUUUUUAAGCAUUUUUGUUUAAUUCACCGAAAAAGGUUUUAGUUGUGGUUUUAUAUAGGUAAGUGUGUUCAAAUUUUGUCAUUAAAUAAAAUUUAAUCUGUUAUAAUAGGUAUUUUUUCACCUUAAGUAAUAUCAACAGGUCCCGGCCGGAAAAAUCACGGCAGUUGUCGGAGCUUCGGGAUCUGGAAAAUCGACAAUCGCCAGCCUUUUACUGAGGUUUUGAAGUUGAAGAAAUAAAAAUGGCACCUUUUAACUGAAGAUUGUACGAUCCGACGUCUGGUCGCAUUUUGGUGGACGGCGUCGAUUUGAAGGAAAUCGAUCCGUCUUUCUGGCGCCGACACAUUGGAACCGUCGGCCAGGUAAGUUACUAGAAGAAAAAUGAUCAACUUCAGUUUCCCAUUGAAAAUUAUUUUUUCAAGGAACCCGUCCUCUUUUCGACGACUAUUCGAGAUAAUAUCGUCUAUGGAGCUGAAGACCCACACCAAAUCUCCGAUGAACAAGUAAAGUCUGUUCCGCGCCAGCUUUUCACGUUUUUUUUUCUCGCCAAAGUACCGUAUCCACAGGUCUUGAAGCGAAGCGUGCAAAAAAGCUCCGUAUACUGUGGUUUUCCGACUUUAGAAGAAAACGUGAAAAGUUGACGCGAUUUUCCUCAGAAUUAAUUGAUAAAAAUGGACACCUACAGAUCGUCGCGGCUGCCGAACAAUCCAACGCGUCGCAUUUCAUCGAGACUUUCCCCCAAAAGUUCCUGACCAGCGUUCGUUGACCACUUCUUGCUGGAUUCUGAUUGGAUGAGCUUUUGAGGUCGGAGAGCACGGAUCGACGUUGAGUGGAGGCCAGAAGCAGCGGAUCGCCAUCGCGAGGGCUCUUGUCACGGUAAUCCUCUUUUUUUUUGAACCUGAGUGAAAAUAGCGAUGGCUAUGGACGUUUUAUUGACUUUUUGGAGGGUUCAAAUACAACCUUUUGAGGUAGAAAUAACCGCUCUCUUCAUGGGACCAGAAAUAAUUUUCAGUUUCGUCAAUUUUUGAGCUAUUUGAAAUCUCAGAACUUUCGAGGUUUGAAGAUUUUUUAACCGGAAAAAUUGAACGCCCAAAUUUUGAUCUAGUGUAGUUAGAGAAGAAACAGAGGUUCAGACAUCGAAGAAAGGCUUUGGAUGCUUUUUUCCCAUUCCUGAUCAUAAUCUCGUGAAAGGUGAUAAAAUGGGUUUUUUUUUAAAUAGAGGACAUGAUAACUUCUAUAGCCGAUUCAUGGUCAACUUGGGACGCUUAGGAGGCGUGCCCUCUCUGCGCCCUCCACCAACCAGGCACUAUGUCUUUUUCAUCGUGUUAGAACCUUUUUUUCGAUGACUCAAGCCAGCCGUGAAUCAGCUAUAAUUUUCUUGUAAAAUUGUAGCUGUUUAUUUUGAAAGAAAGAAGGAACCCGUCCAAUACAUCACUUUUCCAGCAUCCGAACAUUCUGAUUCUGGACGAAGCGACGUCGGCACUCGACGCGACUUCUGAAUAUUUGGUGAGGCAGGCCCUGAACGACCUGCUCCAGAACAGCCAUCAAACAGUUAUGAUUAUCGCCCAUCGGUAAGAACUGGAUUUCUUUUCCGAAGUUUGAUUGUCGUUUGGAGGUUGUCGACGAUCAAACACGCCGACCAGAUCGUGGUGCUCGACAAGGGCGGCGUCGUCGAACAUGGCGACUUCGAGAAGCUGAUGCAGAUCCCAGACGGCGUCUUCAAGAAGCUCGUCGAGAAGCAGGCCAUCGGCUGGCAGAACGAGAUUUUCUGA